AUGCACUGGCAUGAUGACCCUUGUCAGCGCGUAGAGACAAUUCAGAAUCAGGCCAUGAACGAGCUGCAACAUCACCAACAUGCUGAGACUGCUGAACACCUCCAAACCUCGCAGCAAGGCGAACCCGUCCAGCCAGCAGAGACAGAUCGACUCGGAUCUAAUCAGGGACGAGCCGGAAUUGACGACGGUCGUCCUGAACAGCCUGGCCCGAGUGUGCAAAUCCAACCUGCCAACAGCUCGGAUGAGGAAUAUGUGUGGAUGGACGAAGUCGAUCUCGCGACCGCCGUUCAAAUAGCCCAACAAGACUUCAAGCUUGACUUUCUGGCCGCCAUGGCACACCAGGCAUGGAUAAUGCAAGGGAUCCAUGAUCGUCGCUUGAUGCAAGGACGGGAACAGGGAUACACCGGGGGCGGAGUUGAUUUAGGCCCUGCCAAUGUCGUUGCCAGUGCCGCCGAUGUUGUGCAAAUUGGACAAGAUCCAUUGGCGAUCCGCGUGGCUCGUGGGCCAUUCGGUAUUGUUCGAACGAGGACCUUUGACGGCGUCGUGGUCACAGAGCUUCCGUUGAGACCGCCGAAUGAGAGGGCGAUGAGAGAUGCCGUUGGAAGAUUGAUUCUCGACCGGCCAGCAUGA